GCGCAGGCGUAUUGAAACAGGCUUGAGCCUGAGCAGUUUCAGAAAACGCAGGUGAACUUCAGGAUGGCGGGCACAGGCCUGGUGGCUGGAGAGGCUGUGGUGGAUGCGCUGCCGUAUUUUGACCAAGGUUAUGAAGCGCCCGGAGUGCGGGAAGCGGCUGCGGCACUGGUGGAGGAGGAAACUCGCCGAUACCGACCUACUAAGAACUACCUGAGCUACCUGACAGCCCCGGAUUAUUCUGCUUUUGAGACAGACAUAAUGAGAAAUGAAUUUGAAAGACUGGCUGCUCGACAACCAAUUGAAUUGCUCAGUAUGAAACGAUAUGAACUUCCAGCCCCUUCCUCGGGUCAGAAAAAUGACAUAACUGCAUGGCAAGAAUGUGUAAACAAUUCUAUGGCCCAGUUAGAGCAUCAAGCCGUUCGAAUUGAGAAUCUAGAACUAAUGUCACAGCAUGGAUGCAAUGCCUGGAAAGUAUAUAAUGAAAAUCUAGUUCAUAUGAUUGAACAUGCACAGAAAGAGCUCCAGAAGUUAAGGAAACAUAUUCAAGAUUUAAACUGGCAGCGAAAGAACAUGCAACUCACAGCUGGAUCUAAAUUAAGAGAAAUGGAGUCAAAUUGGGUAUCCUUGGUCAGUAAGAAUUAUGAGAUUGAAAGGACUAUUGUACAAUUAGAAAAUGAAGUCUUUCAAAUGAAGCAGCAACUUGGAGAGGCCAACAAAGAAAACAUCCGACAAGACUUCUGAAGAGACAUUAAUUCUGUGGGUCGGGAGGAAGGCAGGUUGGGUUUUCACAGAAGAUCGGGCACUGCUCUAUGAAGGUCAGCAACAUCUUACGGAAACAAUCAGUUGUGCUUAGAAACCAUAGAAAGUGGACUGUGAUCUUCUGUUUGUACAUUAGCAAAAUAAAAAGUUUCAGCUUGGUAUUUUUUUACCAUAAAAAAAAUCUUCAGACUUUCAAAAUAAGUAUGACUUUAGAAUAUGCCAUAGAAUUAAUUUUGAGCUACUUGGACCAUAUUUUGUAUCCAAGAGAUCUUUAAUGAAAGUUUUCAACAUGUACAAGAAGUUGGAAACUUUUGGUUUAUAUAUUUUUCAAAUAAAGAGAGAGCUCUAUACAAAUUCUUGAUUCAAACAAGGUAAGAAACACAAUGGUGCCCUGGCCGGUGUGGCUCGGGUGGCUGUGCGUUGUCCUGUGCACCAAAGGGUCACCGGUUCCAUUCCCAGUCAGGGCACGUGACUAGGUUGCAGCUUCGGUCCCAGGUUGGGAUACAUAUAGGAGGCAGCUGGUUGAUGUUUUGGUCUGUCUCCCUCUCCUUCCUUUUCUCAAAUCAAUAAAAACAUGUAAAGAAAAGAAAGAAAUACAGUGGCUCCAUGUAUGUCAUCUCUUUUCCUUACCAUAGGUAACAGUUACAAAAAGCUGAAUAUGUACUGAGCAUUGUUCUAAGUGCUUUAGACAGAUGAACUAAACUUACACGAAUAAAAUAAUUACUUGAUCCUCAAAAACAGAGAGUAGGUACUAUUGUUCCCACACACAGACUUGUCACAGGUGCUGAUGUAACUUGCCAAAGUUUUAUAGUCAGAAAGUGCCAUCCAGGUUUUGAACCCCAGUCUAGCACCAGAGUUGUAUUCUUACCCACUCUACUAGUGAGGAAUUUGAAAAUAUGAGUCCUGCCCAAUUCAGAAAAAUACUUGCAACAUAUCAAAGGAUAAGUAGUCUUCAUGUAUAAAGACAUUCACAAGUCAGUGCUACUUAUUUUUCUUUAAUUUUAACAUUUUUUUAAAGACGGUUUGAGCAUCAAAUGUAAUCUUUUGAUUUUUAAAAAAUUUUUUUUAUUGGUUUCAGAGACGGGAGAGAGAGAAAUAUCAAUGGUAAGAGAAUCAUUGAUCGGCUGCCUUCUGCACGCCCCGUACUGGGGAUUGAGCCUGCAACCCAUGCAUGUGCCCUUCACCAGAAUCAAACCUGGGACCCUUCAGUCUGCAUGCCGGCACUCUUAUCUGCUGAGCCAAACCAGCUAGGGCAGUGGUCGGCAAACUCAUUAGUCAACAGAGCCAAAUAUCAACAGUACAACGUUUGAAAUUUAUUUUGAGAGCCAAAUUUUUUAAAAAACUAUAUAGGUAGGUACAUUGUUACUAAUUUAAUUAGGGUACUCCUAAGGCUUAGGAAGAGCCAUACUCAAGGGGCCAAGAGCCGCAUGUGGCUCGCGAGCCGCAGUUUGCUGACCAUGGAGCUAGGGCAUCUUGAUUCUUUUAAAAAAUUUUAUUAUUGCCCAUGGAGUGUUCAUUCCACCAUUGCUUAGUCCAGUUUGCUGCACCUUCUACUCAGCCCAAAGAAAUUUGUAUAUUCUCUUCCUUGACUGAAAGACCAGAUUUCAGGUCAUCUUUGCUCCUGCCUGAUUCUGCAUGAUACUCUUGGAGAAUAACUAGCACAAGAGAAAAGACCUAAAAUUCUUGAAAUUGAGGGUUUCCCAAUAAAUGAUCCAGCCAGAUCACUGAGCAGUGAGGUUCAACAGCCCCUUUCCACCAUAACACACAGAGCUUCUAACCUAUGUUUUAGCUCCUCACUCUUAAAUAUGAACAGGAAAGCCCUGGCUGGUUUGGCUCAGUGGAUAGAGCGUCAGCCUGUGGACUGAAGGGUCCUAGGUUCUAUUUCAGUGAAGGGCACGUGCCCCGGGUUGCGCCCUUGAUCCCCAAUAGUGUGCUUGCAGGAGGCAGCCAAUCAGUGACUCUCAUCAUUGAUGUUUCUCUCUCCCUCCCUCUCUGAAAUCAAUAAAAAUAUAGUUUUAAAAAAUACAUGAACAGGCAACCGAGUGAGGAUUAUCAGACAGGUAGCUGAGACAUCUUGAUAAUGAAAAGCAAGGAACGAAACAUGGGAAACCGUGGAGAAAGCAGAUGGUGCAAGAAGCAAAUCUUUUUUGUUUUUUAAGAAAUACAUCCUCGCCUUGGCUGGUGUGGCUUGGUUGGUUGGAGCAUCAUCCCGUACACCAGAAGGUUGUGGGUUCGGUUCCGGGUCGGCACGUGCAGGAGGCAGUCAAUCGAUGUUUCUCUCUCUCUCUCAAAUCAAUUUUUAAAAAACAUUUAAAAGAUUUUAAAAAGACCCCAACGUUUCUUACCCCCUUCUUCUAGGUGAGGACAGAAUGAGAAGACUGCUGUCCAGUUGAUUGGAUUUGAGUGAUAAUUCUCCAAAGUAAGAUGAGGAUGGUGAGCCCCCAGCAGAAGGAGGGAAGUUAUGCAGAUAAAAGUAACAUAUCUAUUACACGUCAGAUACUCUCUAGGUUAAGAGAUAACCCUUUGGACUUGGCUGGCCCAGUAUGAUAAGCAGCUCACCCACCUACUCUCCAUGAUGUUUUUCUUUGUAAAGUGUUAUAGACAUGUUACAUUUAUUCUGUUGUAAUUUUAGUAGUGGAAAAUUGGGAUUUUUUACUAGUGAAUUACAUACUUGGGCUGGGAAACAGCCAUCAAACUCAACAGCUGUAGUGUUUUGAGAGAUCAGGGAUAAGUAAUUUGUUACUAACAGUAGGUCAAGAUUUGAAGUUUUUAAUAACUUUUUAAAUAUAUUACACACAUUCAAGAUUAUCCCUUUAAUAACUAUCUCACUUGGUUGGAAUCUUAGGUCUUUUGAGAGGGAAUGGGAUAAACCCUGAGCGUACUACUCGUUGACUUACGGUAGCAGAGACUACUUUGUGUCCCUCUGUGUUAGCCCCUUCUAUAAGCUGGACACUUGGCGGCUCGGCUAAAAACUAAUGUCCUAGUUCCCAUCCAAUCAUACACCAUGUGACUAGGUUGUGUCCAGUGAGAUAGGAACUGAAGUGAUGUAUGCAAGUUGCAAGUCAUGCCCUUAAUUUCCACAUUUUACCAACCAGGACUCUUACCCUUGGAUUUUGAUGACUUAUCUAGCAGCACACCAUAAAUUACUGUCAAGCUAACAUUAGAAGAUAAGGUGGCACACAAAGAAAAAGGAUACUGUGCUGAUAAUGAUGUGAACAAUGUGCUUAGCAUUUAUUUUACUUAAAUGAUGAAACAGUCUUGUCUAUUCACAGUAGCAGAAAAUUUACAUUUUAAUGAUAUCUGGAUUCAACAGAGCAAAUUUAUUUAAAAACAACAAUUUAUACUCAUUAAAUGAGAUUUUACUGUACAGUAAAAACCAUUAAUACCAACUGCAAUGUUUUGUGUUACCUUAAGUUAAACUUGUUUUCUCAAAACUGAUUUUGCACCAUCAUAAAAAAAUUAAUUACAAGAGAAUGUCAAACCAAUAGAAGAGAAUGGAAAAAAAUAAUAUUAAUUUAUAUACAAUUUGCCACAGAUAGAAAUGCUUCUAAAAUGGAUAUCAACAUUUUGUGAUAACCAAAUUUUGUUCAUGUGAAUACAUAAUCCCACUCUGCAGAACCUAGAAAUGAAAUGGGAGGUACCCCAAAUGUCCCAUUAUAUUUCACCAAGUGAAAAGAAGUGCCUUAAAUACAAUAAGAGAAGGAGGGGUAAUAGUAACACUAAUAACUAAAAUUAUAUAGGUUUCAAACAUACAAUUCUAUAAUACAUCAACUGUAUAUUACAUUGUGGAAAAUAACUUUCUUAAAUUGAAUUCUGUUAAUGACCUUUUAUGUUCGGCUUUUGCUUAUAAUUAUAAUUAAAUCUUAGCCACUCAAUAAAUUGACCCUAAGAACAUCUACUUAGUCACACUUAAGUAUUUUUUGCCUUGUCUUAUGUCUUCUUUUCAUACUAAGUUUGAAGGUCUUCCCUUCAAUCCACAUUGUUAUGCUCUCCUACUUGUUUAAAUAAUUUUUUUCUCCUUUAUUGUUUAGAUAGAUAGGUAGAGAGUGAGAGAGAGAGAAAUCUGCUGUUCCAUCCACUCAUGCACCCACUGGUUGAUUCCUGUAUGUGCCCUGACUAGGGAACGAACCUCAGCCCUGGCACAUCAGGACAACACUGCAACCAACUGAGCCACUGGACCACUUUUAAGAGAACUGCUUGUUUCUUGUAGUGUGCUUGUUUGACCAUAGGGGGCACAAGGUCACUGUCACUUAAAAGUUGAAUAAAUGACUCAUACCUGUCUGCUAUCCUUUCCAUGACUUCGGAAAACAGAGUUAAUUAAUUUACUCUGGUGUUUCACACAUUGAAGGAUCUUGCUGUGUGUGUGUGUGUUUUCAGAGUUUAAAUUUAAUAGACUUCAUUUUCAUUGUUAAAAAUGUAAAGGGCGCCCUAUCCAGUUUGGCUCGGUGGAUAGAGCUUCCGCCUGCGGACUGAAGGGUCCCAGGUUCGAUUCCAUUUGGGGGCAUGUGCCUUGGUUGCGGGCACAUCCCCAGUGGAAGGUGUGCGGGAGGCGGCUGAUCGAUGUUUCUCUCUCAUUGAUGUUUCUGACUCUCUAUCCCUCUCCCUUCCUCUCUGUGAAAAAUCAAUAAAAUAUAUAUUUUUAAAAAAUGUAAAGGGCUCCCAACUCACCAGAAGUGUAUAAGAUUAUCAACUUGUUCUGCUAAACUGUCAAAUUCACACUUUGGAGAUCUGCAAAGAAGGAGUGUUCUGCUUUAUAGAGAACUCUGAUUACCUUGCCACCUAAUUUUCUUACUAAAAUUUCAAUUCUUUCAUCUCAAUUUCUAACAAAAAGUAAACAAUAGUGGAUAUUCAUGUGCUCCAAUUAUUAUAGUUCGUUUGCAUUAUUUUGUUCUAUUAAAAAAAUGUAUACAUGAAGCAUGGUAGCAACCAUGCCUGGGUAAAAAUUGCUGUUUAAUAUUUUAACCCUGCUGAUUUGGCUUCUAUAAUUAUUUGCUUGCUAAAAUAAUAGGAAAGUUAUUUUAAUUUUCUGAAUUCAUAUAAGUUAUCCCAUUUGAUUGAAUACUCCAUUGAUUGUGGUUUGAAUACCCCCAUUGAUUGUGAUCUUACUGGUAUUUGGAAACACAUGCCUCUGCACCUGGAGACCAGGACAGCACGAUUACUCUAAAUGGCCUCAGGGGAUCCCGAUAAUGUGUUUCCAUUGACUCAGUGGUCCCAAGACCUGAAACUAUAAUUAAUCUUUGUAGAUAACUAACUUGCUCAAAUCUAAGCUUCUGUAACAAACUGCUUUUUGCAAACCAGGUUCCUCAUUCCAAACCUCGAGAUAUAAUCAAUACCUUUGUGAUAUUUGCCUAUAUAAGUCUGAUGUUUCAGCCAAGGGGGCACUACGAGAUUUGGAGAGCAUUUGCCCCCUUGUAGUCCCGGCUUUAAAAUUAAACAACC